AUGGCAGACCCGAUACCGGCAUCUGUGGGAGGGACAGCCGUCAAGAUUGGGAUAGGUACCACGGCGGCCUUGGCUCUCGUGAGAUGGGUAUACCCAUACUUUGGACGGGACUUCCAAACACUGCGGACGAUACUUACGAUACAAAAUGCGGCCAAAUCGUGGAUGGGAUCGGGACGUUACGUUGUCGACUUAUUUAUAAGUUCGGCUGCCAAACACCCGUAUAAGGCGUGCGUCAUAUACCAGAAUCGCAUUUUCACGUACGGCGACAUAGACCGAAUGUCCAAUAAAUUGGCGAACUUCGUCAAGCAGCGUGGCCUGAAACGUGGCGACACGGUCGUCAUAGUAAUGCACAACGAACCGGCGUUCAUCGUCGCCUGGAUUGCCUUCGCGAAACUCGGGAUUAAGUGUGCGUUCAUGAACUAUAAUCUACGGACAGAAUCGCUUAUCCACUGCCUAGAUGUGAGUGAGGCUAAAACAAUUUUACUCGGAGAAGGUCUGCAGUUGCUGGAUGCAUUUGACGAGAUAUCUUCGCAACUGAGGGAUCGAGAGAUGAAAGUGUGGUCUGUUGGGAAUGACGUGUCUAGCCAUAGCGGUAUACUUAGCAUCGACGCUGAUAUAGAGGGCGCUUCGGCGGAUCCUAUACCCUUCGAAGAGAGAAGGGAAGUGAGUGAGUUCGACACGGCGGUGUAUAUCUAUACUUCUGGUACAACAGGUCUUCCAAAGGCAGCAAAAAUAAGUAACUACAGACAUGUACUCGCAGCCUUCAUUUUAACCUUUUUUGACAUUCGGUCGGACGACAAGGUGUACUUGACUCUGCCCCUGUACCACGGCUCUGCUUUCACGCUCGGAUUUGGGAACUGCAUUCGAGCAGGUGCUACUAUGAUUUUAUCUCCAAAGUUUUCCGUGCAUAAUUUCUGGGAAGAAUGUCUUCGGCAUGACGUCACGGUAUUUGUGUACAUCGGAGAAAUAUGUCGCUAUUUGCUUAGUCUUCCCCAGCAUCCCAAUGACAAGAAACACAAAGUUCGCAUGGCAAUUGGUAAUGGUCUUCGGCCAGAUGUUUGGACCAAAUUCCGGGAGCGUUUUGGUAUUUCUACUAUCGGAGAGCUGUAUGCUGCCACAGAGGCGCCAUUUUGGGCGAGCAAUCACGAUGGAAAAGUUGGCGCUAUUGGGAAAUCUUCGCCAUUACUGAAAAAACUUAUAGGUUACGAAUUGAUUAAAUGUGAUUAUGAAACGUCUAAGCCAAUCAGGAACUCUAAGGGCCGAUGCAUUCCAGUAAAGUAUGGGGAACCUGGGUUAUUGAUUUGCCAAAUCAACGAAAGAAGUCGGUUUGAUGGUUACUCUGGUAAAAAAGAGUUGAGUGAAAAAAAGCUGAUACGGAACGCCUUUAAAGAUGGAGAUCUGUAUUUCAAUAGUGGUGAUCUGCUCGUCUUGGAUAAGAAUUACUACUUAUACUUUAAUGAUCGUGUUGGUGACACUUUCAGGUGGAAAGGUGAAAAUGUUGCAACGACAGAAGUUGCUCAUGUGUUAGCAUCAUACCCGGGUGUGUUAGAAGCGAACGUGUAUGGCGUAAAAGUACCAGAGCACGAUGGCAGGGCGGGCAUGGUUGCGCUGAAACUGGAAAACGAGGAACAAUUCUGUCGAGAUUUGCCCACGUUCUACUCGCACAUCACUUCUUCACUGCCACACUAUGCGUGCCCACGAUUUUUGCGUAUCCAGGAAGAUAUCGUGACAACUGGUACUUUCAAAUACACAAAAACUCAUCUGGUGGAAGAUGGAUAUGAUCCGAAUGUUGUUGACGAACCGCUGUAUUUUAUGGAUGUCGACCGUAAAACCUUUUCUGUUCUCGAUAAAAACGCUUUUCAGAAAAUUAUGAUUGGUAAAGCUAAACUUUGAGGCAUCAUAUCUUUCUGAAUUAUGUACUAUAAUUGCCUUCCAAUAAUGUUUUAUUAAAUUGAUAAGUUUUAUAAAUAUUGCCAGGAUAAUUCUAAUACAAUGACUGGAUUACAAUUAUACAUUGUU